GCCUGGACCCCUGGCCGUCCGCAGCCAUGGCUCCUCCACCCUUCUGGGGGCUGCUCCGCUUGGCCGCCCUCUGCCAUCUGACCGCGCUGCUGGCCGGACAGCACCUCGGUGUGAAGAAAUGCAGCAUCACCUGCAACAGGAUGACCUCGGAGAUUCCCGUGGCCUUACUAGACCACUACCAUCGAAAUCAAGAAUCCUGCGGCAAGCCUGCCAUCAUCUUGAGGACGAUAAAGAACAGAACCUUCUGUGCUGAUCCAAAGGAGAUAUGGGUUCAGAAAGCCAUAGCACAUCUAGAACGCCAGACAGCUGUUCCAGUUCAAAAUGGCGGCACGUUCGAGAAGCAAAUCGGUGUGGGUGAGCCCAGGACCACCCCGGCCACCAGGGGAAUGGACAGGCCUGCGGUCACAGAGCCCAAAUCCACCCAGGAAAACAGUGGCCAGGAGGCACAGAGGGCCUCGGGGACUUCCUCAGAGCUGCCAACAGGAGUGGCUGAUUCCUGGGGGACCAGGUUCCCCUCCACUCCAAAGGCUCCGGAUGGAGGACCUCCAGCUGGGUCCCAGACAACUGAGUUUUUCAACGCUGCUACCCUCACCACCGCAACGUCCUGGCAGAGUUCUCCUGCCUACAAACCCGGGUCAGGCCUCUGGACAGGGGGAAAGUCCUCUGAGGCCCUCCCCACCCAGGCCCCCUCCACCCAGACCCCCUCUACCCAGGCCCCCCCUACCCAGACCCUCCCUACCCAGGCCCCCCCUACCCACACCCCCACUAUUUCACACAGAGCCUCAGAGGACAGUGUUGGCCCUGAAGGCCAGCCUGUAUGGAUCACAGGAGACAAUCCCAUGCCAGAGAACUCCCUAGGGCCUGAGGAGAUGGAUCCCAUCUCAGCUCACACGGAUACUUUCGGGGGGCCUGACGGCACACCCCAUCUCUCCAUGGUCCCUGUCUCCUCUCAAAGGGUCCCCAGCAGGGAGCCAGUGGCCUCAGGCAGCUGGACCUCCAAGGCGGAGGAGCCCAUCCAUGCCACCGUGGACCCCCAGAGGCUGGGUGUCCUCAUCACUCCUGUCCCCGACUCACAGGCAGCUACCCGGAGGCAGGCGGUAGGGCUGUUGGCCUUCCUUGGCCUCCUCUUCUGCCUUGGGGUGGCCAUGUUUGCCUAUCAGAGCCUCCAGGGCUGCCCCCGCAAGCUAGCUGGGGACAUGGUGGAGGGGCUUCGCUAUGUCCCCCGGAGCUGUGGCAGCAACUCCUAUGUCCUGGUGCCGGUGUGAGCUGGCCCCCUGCC